UCCUCCGUGCCAACCAUGUGGCUCCCCUCCCACCACCGCUCUCCUCUGGCCCUUCCCGCGCCUUGCUCCCUCCUCCACACCACUCCCUCCUCCGCCGCCUCCCCUCGCUUCCACCCCCUCGACCCCCACAGCCAAACCCUAGCUCUCCGCCCCGCCAUGUCCGUCGCGGCCGCGGCCGCCUCCCUCGUCGCCUCCUCUUCGCUCUCCGUUCCCGACCACCUCCGCCUCCGCCGCCCCCCGCCACCGCUCCGCUUCCGCCGCCGAUCAAAGGACCGCCUCGUUCUUGCUGUUCUCGAGGAGAAAUCCUCCUCUGCGUUUACUGAGGAGGAAGCCAGGAAGUUCGGGCUCAACGGGAGCGCGAGCAGGCUCGGGUACGACGAUGCCGCGGUGGAGGCGUACCUCGGGUCCAACGGCAACGGAAACAGCAACAGCAACAGGAGUGCGAGUGGGAGUGGGAACGGCGCGAGCGUGAAGCCCGUGCCAUCCGGGUCUGGCACUUCUGUGGUAUCCGGCCGUGGGCCGGGUGAGGAUGAGAGGAGGAAGGAGAGAGUGGAGGAGAUAGGCAGGGAGGACGCAUGGUUUAAGCGAAGCGACGGAGAGGCCAUGCCCAAGGUGUCUGUUGUUCCUGGUGGUCGUUGGAAUCGGUUUAAAACCUAUUCAACGAUUCAAAGAACCUUGGAGAUAUGGGGCUCUGUCUUCGCAUUUAUAUUCAAGGUUUGGCUCAACAACCAGAAGUUCACUUAUCGAGGGGGGAUGACGGAAGAGAAAAGGGUAAUGAGGAGGAAAGUUCUUGCCAAGUGGCUCAAGGAGAGUAUUUUGAGAUUAGGCCCCACAUUUAUUAAAAUAGGACAGCAAUUCUCCACCAGGGUGGAUAUUCUUCCAAAAGAAUAUGUGGAUCAAUUAUCUGAAUUGCAGGAUCAGGUCCCUCCAUUCCCUUCAGAGACAGCUGUGUCAACUAUUGAAGAAGAGCUGGGAGCAUCUGUAAAUGAGAUAUUUGAACGAUUUGACGUUGAACCAUUAGCUGCUGCUAGCCUCGGCCAGGUUCAUCGGGCAAGCCUAAAUGGCCAAGAAGUUGUACUCAAGGUGCAAAGGCCUGGUCUGAAAGAGCUGUUUGAUAUUGAUCUGAAGAAUUUAAGGGUAAUAGCAGAAUACCUUCAGAAAGUGGAUCCCAAGUCAGAUGGUGCCAAGAGAGACUGGGUUGCUAUUUAUGAUGAAUGUGCAAAUGUAUUAUAUCAGGAAAUAGACUAUACCAAAGAAGCAUUUAAUGCUGAAAAGUUUGCUGAAAACUUCAAAAAUAUGGAUUAUGUGAAGGUUCCAGAAAUUUACUGGGAGUAUACUACACCUCAGGUUCUAACAAUGGAGUAUGUCCCAGGAAUCAAAAUAAAUAGGAUACAGCAGAUAGAUAAGUUAGGGCUUGAUCGGAAAAGGUUAGGCCGGUAUGCUGUUGAGUCCUACCUUGAGCAGAUUUUAUCGCAUGGAUUUUUCCACGCCGACCCGCAUCCAGGGAACAUUGCUGUUGAUGAUGCCAAUGGUGGGAGGCUUAUCUUCUAUGACUUUGGGAUGAUGGGAAGGUUGCUUAUGAUCAUUUUGUUUCCUCCAAAGUCCAUUUAUGUAAUUAAUCUAAUCUUCAUUCUUUUUACUUGCAGUAUUAGCCCAAAUAUCCGCGAAGGACUGCUUGAAGUAUUUUAUGGAGUUUAUGAAAAAGAUCCUGAUAAAGUGCUUCAAGCAAUGGUUCAAAUGGGUGUCCUUGUUCCUACUGGAGAUAUGACAGCCGUCAGAAGAACAGCUCAAUUUUUCCUGGAUAGCUUUGAAGAGCGUCUAGCUGCACAAAGGAAAGAGAGAGAGAUGGCAACCGUGGAACCUGGAUUUAAAAAACAAUUAUCUAAGGAGGAAAAGUUUGAAAAGAAGAAGCAGAGACUUGCAGCUAUCGGAGAGGAUCUUUUGGCAAUUGCUGCUGAUCAACCAUUUCGGUUUCCUGCCACCUUUACAUUUGUGGUCAGAGCAUUCUCAGUACUGGAUGGUAUUGGGAAAGGUUUAGAUCCUAGAUUUGAUAUUACAGAGAUUGCUAAGCCUUAUGCCAUGGAGUUGCUCAGAUUUAAUGAAGCUGGUGUUGAAGUACUUGUUAAGGAUGCAAGGAAGCGAUGGGACAGGCAAUCUCGUGCAUUCUACAAUGUGUUCCGUCAACCUGACAGAGUUGAAAAACUUGCACAGAUUAUUGAGCGUUUGGAGCAAGGUGAUCUCAAGCUUCGUGUCAGAGCAUUAGAAUCAGAAAGAUCGUUUCAAAGAGUUGCCGCUGUACAGAAAACAAUUGGAUAUGGAGUGGCUGCCGGGAGUUUGGUAAACCUCGCUACCAUUCUGCACCUCAAUUCGAUCCGGAUGCCAGCAACCAUCGGAUACUGUCUUUGUGCGUUCUUUGGGCUACAAAUCCUGCUUGGCGUUCUCAAGGUGAAGAAGCUGGACCAACAAGAGAGAUUGAUAACCGGCACUGCCUGAGUUCACCAAUCGACCAGUGAGAGCUGAUCCAAAAGAUUUCAGUGUAAUACGUUGCGGUUAUCAUCCGCUUUUUCUUUUCCUUUUGCCUGUGUGCAGUUUUACCUCAGAGGUGGUGUAGCAUAGCCAUCGGCGUACGAGUAUGAAAUCUUUGUACAUGCGGUGUAAUAGAUGAAGAGAUGUACAUACUGUACAAUUGCAGAGUAAAUAUAAGCAGUAUAGCACAGCUUGUGCAACCUGUUUCA